AUGACGGCAGCGGCGGCCGCGGCGGCCACGCGAUCCGAGAAUCCCGCCACCUCCAUGGAGGCCAUCGGGCACAAGCUCUUUCAGCUCGGCGAUCCCGAGGGCAAAGGGUUCAUCAUCAGGCGAGACAUGCAAGUAAGCACCGUUAAUAAUAAUAAUACACCCCGUAGACGGUACGCGCCGGUUCCCUCGUCCGCGCGAGUCGCGUCCGUGUCGCGCGCAACAAAUGCCGAAAUAAACGCCGGGGACACCGCGACCGCGUCGAACAGAAUGGCGGGCGCCCUGCACGGCCCGGCACGCAAACGUGUACUACGUGACACGUAUUCGGCGCGCAGAAACGGCGUGAUAUUGCUCGGUAACGCGUACGCCGUGUUAGACCGGCGGACGAACGGCUGUCGACGACGUCCGAUGUGCGUGCCGCCCGAAUUCGCACGCCGCACUGUUUACAUCGCGGCACCGGGCACGGCGCGCGGACGUCGGCAGAUAACGCGACGAGAGCUGACAGCAGGACCCGUGACCAACGGCGUGACGACGGCGCGGUUUCGACGCGUCGCCGGAAAAUACGGCGACUUUUCCGCGUCGUGGUUACCCACCGCUAGGGUUUUCCGCAGUGACAAAAAAAAAAAAAACAAACGGUCCAUACGUAAAACUUUGAAUCGCGUCGGGUAACUAGUCUCCUUUUACAUUCCGAGAGAGCUAUUGGUUUUACUGAGAUGUUUAUUUCUUUCUUCGUUUUUUUUUUCUUCUAAUCUGUGGACACGUUUUUUCAUAGUAAACUUGCUCCGGAUUUUACUGAAUUUUUCUGUAAGCUCAAGUUGUCUAGACGGUCCUUUUUAAGGUGUCAUAUUUUUAAUUUUCGGCGCCAUUUUUUAAAUAAAAACACUAGAGUGGGAAAAAACGUAUGAAAACGUACAAUUUCACGAUUUUAUAAAAACACGGACAACGUUUUCUACCAGAAAAAAUAGUUUAAUCGAAAAAUCGCAAGAUACUUUUUUUUGGCUUUUUAAUUUACUUUCUUACGGUGUCGUCGCUAAAACUUUUGAGCUUUUAAGGAAUUUUAAUUUUUGGAAUUUUUUUGCUGUAAUUCGAUUAUAAAUACACGUAGAGACUUGAAACUUGGUAAUAAUACUUAUAUUGGACUUAUCUAGACGUGGUAAAAUUUCCAAAAUCAUCUAACUUUUUUUUUUUUUCUGAAACGUUGACGAUACAUUUUACAGUUAUAAAAAAUAAUUUGAUUUUCCCGUCAUUUCGUUUAACCGAUGGGUAACUCGAGCCGCAAGUCUCAUAGUACCGAACUGCGGUUUUCUUUAUUCCUAUUGUGACACAUACAAAUAACUACGACCAAAUGGGACUACCUGUACAUGGCUAUCGUUAAAAUGAAUAUGAUCUAAAAAUUAUAAACUAGUCGUCGUGUACACGCAUUACGUUUAUGCAUUUAAAUGAAUCCGCAUGAAGUCAUCCGUUCAAAUCCAAAAAAGAUAAUUGCGGAUUGAAAAAAAUUAUAUAUCAUCAUCUUCAUUAUAUACAUCAGUAUAUGUUACGGUGAGAGACGUGUACGUAAUAAAAGACGUCAUUUCAAGAGUAGUUGGACAUCAGGGAUAUAAAAUAUGCAACGGCAAAACUGGUUAUGAGGCAGUAAAAAUAUAAUUGCAAUUCAGCCUAUGAAUUACCUAUGAAGUUUUUAUGUAAGAUACUUAUUCAAAUAAGAAACAUAUUAAAUAGGUAUUAAAUAAAUCAGUGUAUUAUUUACGAUUUAACCGAAAACCAUAGUAAAUGACGUCAUUUACCGGUGAAAGAUGAAAAUUUGAGUUUAAAACGCUUUUUUUUUUAUUAUUCACAUUUACCUAUAUAAUUGAAUCAUUCUUGUAAAUGACGUCAUUUACCAAUUAUCGUUUUUCACCGUAACAUAUAUACUCGUAUAUUAUACGUACCGGCAAUGUUGUUUUCGUAAAAAAAAAAAAAAAAAACCAAUUUUUAAUCAAUACAUAAAGCUUUUUAGCGGCCGGAAAUCGGNUCGUUUUUCACCGUAACAUAUAUACUCGUAUAUUAUACGUACCGGCAAUGUUGUUUUCGUAAAAAAAAAAAAAAAAAAACGGGCAAUCAGUAAUUGGACCACAUUUUAUCUACCUGCUUCGUAAACAAUAUUUGUUUACUUUUUAUUAUCCGGGUACUGGGCCGCCACAAAUUAAAUGUAUAUUUUUAAAGGGUACCCGGAGACUGGGCCGCAAAUGUAUAACACAAAACUAUAUAAUUUCAAAUGUAUUUUGUUAAUCAUAAUCGUUGUUGAAAACUCUGAUAAUUCUGUAUCAUUUAAUAUUGAAAAAUUUUUACCUCUUGAUAAGGCACGCGGUCGUUUCUAGUAUAAAGUAGUAUGCAUAUUAUACUCGCAAUGGCGUGGCCCAAGAAUUUUCAAUGAGAGGGGAUGUAACAAAUAAAAAUCGUGAAAAGGAGUAAAAUCUUCUUCUCUGCUCGACUCGAAUAUGGGAAUUGGUAAUUUAAAAGCCGGAUCCUAAAAAAAAAAAAAACCAAUUUUUAAUCAAUACAUAAAGCUUUUUAGCGGCCGGAAAUCGGCCGAAAUUUAUGAGUUUCGAUAUUACAUUACUCAUAUUUUGUUGUAUUUUUAUGCCAAUGGGGGGGGAUAUAACCUCUAAUCUCCUCUUCUGGGCACGCCACUGUAUACUCGUAUAUUAUUUUAUUAAAAUAUAGUGGUCCAUUACCGGAUUCAAUAAUAAAAAUACGGUUAUAAUACGCACGACCGGUGGGCCACUGAUAUAUGUGAGAAGUUGGGAAGGUAGGAUAUAGAGGAAAAUUUAAUGUUUAUCUGUGUACAACGAUUAAUCAUUGCUAAACGAUUCUGAGUAGAGUUCGGUUAUAGUAUAUGCGUAUGUGUGUCCUAUCAUUUUAAAAAUCAACAAUUAAAAACGAACAAAAUAGUCAUAUUUCUAUCGGUGUAGAGUUAUUAAUUAUUUUUGGUACCAAUCGCUAAUUGACAAAUAACGAAUAUCUCCUAAAAUAUUUACUAAAAAAAGAAAAUUUUAAAAUGAAUUCUUGAAGCACAAAUAUAUGUAACACAAAACAAAAAUAACAUUUUAUACUAGCACAGGAGUAUACACUGAAAAAAAAUUAAUUCAGCAUUAAAAGAGUUAAAAACUACUUAAAAACCCGUAAUAUUUACGAUGUUCGUCAAAAUUUGAUAUUGAAAUUCUUAUAAAAAAAAAAUAUACUACAUAAAACUCAAUUUCUUCUUAUUGACUACUAAAUAUAACUUAUAAUUAUUGAAAAACGUAUGAGAAAAAUAUGAAUCUUCAAUUUUCAAGCAUUUGUGUUUGGUCUAUUUGUUUAUAUUUAAUUUGAACAUUUUACCAUGGCUAGAAAAAGCAAAUAUAAGUUUUCUGCCCAAAUUUAAUUUAACUAAAUUAUAACAAAGAAACGUACAUUUAUACGUACAAUUCGUACAUUUUUCCAUUUUUCCUACGUUUUUUCCCGGUUUUUUCCAAUUAUCAAGAAAAGUGCUUAAAAUAUCAAAAAAAAAAUCACCUCGUCAAAGUACCAAUUAGACAAAAUUUCUUUUUAGAAAAAGUGCUAUACUUGAAAAUCAAAGCAAGAUUUCUGAUAGGAAAUUUGUACACAGUAUAAAAUUAAAAAAAAAAAAUUAACAUCAUUGUCGGAUUUUAUGUACCCAAGCAGACUACACAAAAACUCUAAUUAACUGUAACAGUAACAAGACAACAGGGGGAAAAGUCAACUCUAACCUAUAACCUAACCUAACACGUCCCCCCCAGUCUAUGUAGAAACGUUUGGCGAUUUUAUUUACAAUAUUUUCAACAUUUUAUACCAAGACAGUUAUUUGUAGCCGCCGACUCACAAAAAGUGUCAUUAGGAUAUAAUUUUUCUGCUUGACUCGAAAUAGAUCCUAAAACAAAAGCCCGCAGACUGAGUAGCAAUUUGAAUUUCCGUUCGUGAUUGUAUAUAAAGAUUUCGAUAAUAUUGCCUAAUAAACUAUGAUGGAAAUGAUAAUGAUGUAUGUUGUAGGCAAUUAUAUAUAGUUUCCAAACUGUAUUAUAUAGAAAUAAAUUGUCGUCAUAAAUUCCUAAAUUGCAACAUUUUCGCGGUGACACGGUAUGUAGCACAAAAUCUUAGUGUAGAAGUAAUAUUUCGUGCCGAACAUCCUGAGUUUUAUACAUUAAUGUAUUUGACUACUUGCAGGCAUCUUACACCUGUGUACUUAUUCAAAACGGAAUCUAAAAAAAUAUACGUUAAAUAUUAAAAUGACGCGAGAAAAAAAUUCAAAUUAUUCUAUUGUUUUUAUUGUUUGUUUUUUUUUUACUCUCGAAAAUUACUAUAUACGCGCUAGCGAUUUGUACGCCUAAUGGCGAACACUUGUUUAAACACGUGUUUCGUGUUGUAUACAAGUAUAAGCGCGCGGUAUCCCAUAGAAUUUGUCAAAACUGUACAUAAUCCUAAAAUUUAACACGAACCGAAAACUAUUUAUAAGAAAGAAAAAAAAAAUGAUUUAUAAUAUAGACGUACGCCACCGCACAAUAUGCAUUUCGAAUAGGUACCUAUUAUACCCUAUAAUACCUUAUAUUCUUCCACAAUAACAAUAAAGAGCUAUAAAGUCGCUGCUGUAAAUGUAUUUUAAUACCGUGAGCCCAUCGCCGUUUACUAUAGCGGCUAAACCUAUUAGCUAUUAGAGUUUGAUUUAUUAUAGCUUUUAUAAAUUAUUAAGCUGUUAAAUUACAACUAUUAUAAAAAUAUUAUUGAUGCGAAUCUAUAAUUAAUCGAAUUAUCGUUUUCUUCGCAUUCGGUGUCUCGAGGACGUCAUAUUACUCGCGUGUGCUGUCUCCGUCUUGAAUAGCACGGCACAUAGAAAAUGUACAUUCAACCGGACCAAUUUCGUAUCAUUAACUGAAACAAUAGUUUAAGUUUAAAUAUUGUCGAUAACGUGUAAAACCUGUACAUUAUCUGUAUUUCAGUGUUUGUACGUCUGUUGUUUUUUUUUUUUUUUUUAUUUCGAUGUUUAAUAUUUUUCAAACAACAUAACAAACACUUUUAAACUGUGGCCUGUAAUAUGCCUGCAACAUACUCACAUCUCAUUUAACAAAUCAAAAUAUCGCAAAAACCGACGACGCAUGACGUACGAACGCAAAUAAUAUUAUGUUCUUACCUUUAAGUUUGAUAAUAAGUCAAGUCAAACUCUAAUGUUAAAACCAACAGCGAAACAUUGGUGGUUUAACACACUGGAUCCGUACGCAUUUAGCGUUAAAAUAUUAUAGUAUUAUAGAUACCCACUAUGGGUGUUGGGUAUAUACUUGUGCUGAGCAAAGUUUGGUCAAUUCGAAAUAUAGAUUUAAAAAUAUAUUUAACGAAUCCGGGUUGGUGGAUUCGAUCCGAAAACUAAACACAAUUAUAAUCAAAACAUAAAUAUGAAAAUAUAAUUUUUAAACAUUUCAUGAAUGGACUUCCAAUGUUUCCAUAACAAUUUUGUGUUUUUCAUUUUUAUCUGUAAUCAAAUCAUUAACCCUUCGAUCCGGAUUGUAAUCCAGAUCAGUCCGGAUUAUUGACGUCCGGUUUAAGUCCUCAACACUAGUCUGUACUGCAGUAGGUAUUCGUAACCGAUUUCCCGUGCCAGAGACCCAGCUGGUAAAUGCUAUAUGCGCGUAUUACAAACCAUAUUUCACUGCUACCUACCGUAAUACAAUAAUAUUAUGAUAUUAUACAAUAAUAUAUGCGUGGCGUGUAUUUAAUAAUGCCCGAUUACUAUAAUUAAACAACGAACAAACGAAGGUAAUUAUCGUAAUUUGCGUGUGUGUGUGUGUGUGUGUGUGUGUGUAUUACGUACGUAAUAAUUAUAAUAUUGUCCGUAUGAAAAAUAAAAAUCUAUACUAUACCUGUAUAAUAUCAUUACGAUGGCAAUGACGCCCCAAGUAAGAUAUUCGUACGUUUUUAUGCUUACGACGUCGGCGACCCGGACAAUAAUAAUACAAUUUAAGCAAAGUGGGUAACAGUUGUAAUCAUUUCUGUAGACCGACAAACGACGGCAUUCGAUAUAAAAUCGAAUUGACGAGAAUUUCGAAACGAUGUUUUAUGUUUUAAUUUAUCAAACGGAUACGGUCGGAAAGUCUUUUUUUUAAAAAAAAAAAAAAGAAAAACUUGAUAAAUACAAUUUUUUUCCCUAUCUCCAAAAUGACCUCGAACACAGCCGUCCAAAGUUAAUUGAAAAAAUAUGAUUUUUCAAAAAAUGUAAACAUUUUGUCGUAUAUAUUACACACGAUUACACGAGUAUUAAGUGAAAUUUUAUGAUUUAUUUGCUUAUACAAUUUUCGCCCAGAUUACAGUCGUCACAUGUCUUCAUUUUUAAAUUCCUAAGUUUUGAACUUUUUGACAAUCGAAUUGAAAUCAUAUUUAUGUUUCAUAAACAUUAGACUGUAAGAGUCUGAGAAACUAAUAAACUAUAUCUUAAGCAAUUUUCGACAUAAAAUAAAUUGUUUGUAAGUAUAAAAAUACUUAAAAAAAAAAGAUUAUCCUAACGUGGUGACAAAAAUAAAAGUUUUAGUGUCUAAGCUCAUUGCUAGGAUUCUAAUUUUCAAAACUAACUCAAAAUGCGUACCACUGGAAAAAGUUAGGCGCCUUUUAAUUUUUUUCGUUUACUACCAGUAACUUCUUUAAUUAUUUUUCACAGUUAUUUAGAAUCUUUACCAGCUACAAUUAUUUUACCAUGAUAAAACAAAAUUUUACCAUUUUUUAUUAAUUGAUUUAAUAAAUUUCCAUAACAAUUAAAUUUUGUUUUAAAGUCUCUAUCGAAAGGUCUAUUUUUUAGCUUUUUACCAUUUUAUUUCUUAUAACUAUUUGAUGAUAAAUUAAUAAGUUCUGAAAUCUUAAAAUUGAAUUAUUAAUGUCUGUAUCAUCGAGUAAAUUAUCCCAGAUUUCAGUUUUAAUAAGCAUAUUUAAACGGUUAAAAUUAAUUUUAUAAUUUUUCUCAAUAAUACCAUUUUUAUUAUCAUUAUCAAUGUUAUUGAUAUUAUUUAUGAAAACUGUUGUUGCAUAAUAAUUAGUAAGAUUACAAUUUUUUAUAAUAUAACCACUAAUAAUGCUCAAUUCAAUGUAUUUGGUAAAUAUAUUAUGAUCAAUACAUGAACUGAAGUUUUUACAAACCAGUAAAUUUAUUCAUACAUGAGGUAAUUCGAUUUAAAGAUAAGAAAUUAAGAUACUCAGUAUUUAUAAUGUAUACCUAGUUUAUUUGUUUAACUGCUGUUGACCCAGGAACGUUUCUACGUAUAGGCACGUGCCUACAGCGCUAAUUUUAAUAUUGUUUAUCGAUUACCCCUCCUGGGUGGAAAUUAUUUUUUAAUUAUUAUCUGUAAGGCGAUUGACAUUUUCUACAUUGGGCAGAAGUAGUGGAACUUUUUCCUUAAAACAACCUUUUAUUUGGUUGCUUAGUUACAAUAUAAAAGGAACGGCAUUUUCGAAGUGCCUCGGAGUGUCAACAUUUCAAGUACCUACUCCCCUGCAUAGAAGCCUAUUUACAUAUCACACACCUUAAUUUAGCAUGUGCUUGCAUGUCAGUGUCGAACGCUAGAGGUCGAUGUAUACCACUUUGAGAACCUCUGGUGUGCAUUGCACAGUGGUGACAUCCCAUUGAUUCUAAUCGGCGAUUAUUUUUUUAUUUAUAUUUGUUUAAAAUGCAAAUUCUAUACAGCGGCUCGUAUACCAACUGUAUGCGACCUAAUUAGUCAGUUAUAUAAAUAAUAUUUAAGUAUUACCGAACUUAAAUUUGACGAGGAAAGCCAUUUAAUUAACUACUCUUGCCCGCAAUAAAAAAAAAAUCACCAGUUGUUAUCAAAUAAAAUACCUAAAUACGUAUACUAUGAGUAUAAAACACACGUGUGUGGGCGCGAAUCCUUCGACGAUUUAAACGCUGCGCAGUCUACAUUUUUAACGUCACUAAACGUUUUAGUUGUAUUUUCGUCUAUUUCUUCUGCGGGUACCUGUUAUAUUAAUGUUAUAUUAAUGUAUACCUGUAAUAUUCGUAUUAUUUUCAUUAUAAAAACGAAACCUGGCACAGUGUUAAUUUUCACUUACAUAACGGUUCUCUUUUUAACCUCCUUUAUGACGAAGUAAAAACCGUUUUUAUUGAUUAUUAUUAUUAUAUAGAAAUUGAAAAACGAGCUCUCGAUGACUCCGGAACAAUUGGAAAUCGUUUUCGACACGUUGGACGUCGAACAAAAAGGUUACCUUACACUGGACCAAUUUUUAGAAAGAUUCAGUGAGUAUCUUAUAACAUAUACAUUUUAUAAUUUUUCUCGCGAAUAUUUACUGGCGUAAAAUGGUAGACUGGUGCUCACUCGGUGCCACUGUUGCAAGUGAGUUGUCUAAAAAGUAGAUAUAGGAUAUUAUUCAAGGUUAUUUAGUUAGGAAAUAGUAAUAGUAUAGGUAGUAGUAGUAGUAGUAGUAGUCUUGUGUUUUUACCGGUAUGAUCAAUUAAACAGAAAUCGACAAAAAUAAAACCGUUGUAUCGGCAUUUGUUGCAAGUUGUUUUAAUUUUUCGGAAAACUAUUUGGAAUUCAAAAAUAAAGUUGUGUAUAAUUUUUAAAUAAAGUACCAUCGGACGAAAACAUGUGAUAUAUAAUUGCCUGAAAAAUCGGAAAGAAUAAAAUCGCACCACUUGGUAAAACUUUACAACUUACGUGUAUAAUUUCUUUGCUAUUAUCAUCAAAAUAGAAAAUUACAUUUCGGUGUGUCCGUUUUUCCGUUAUUCUAUAAUAUUAUUAUUUUUUAAAACUACAGAAUCUAUACGCAGGACCGGAUCUUAACAUUUUAACACCCGGAGAAAAUGAAAAAGUUACGUCCGUUUCAGGGAAAUGACCAGUUAGUAUUUUUUUUUUUGAAAAGUCAAACACUCUUACAUAAUAAUGUUAACUACCACUCGCAAUUUACAGGACAUCAAAAUUAUACACGACAAAUAAAAUAAUCGUUUUUAACUUAUAAAUCAAAAAGAAUUUUUUUUGACAACUUUUCUACCAGAAAUCUCCGAUUCUUAAGUGUAGCGCCUUUUCUGAAAGGAAAUCAGUGUGGGGAGGUACCUUAGGAGGUCAUUUUUCAAUUUUCCCGGAAGUUUUCUCGACAAAUGCGAAAACCCAAGGAAAAACGGGAACAUCGGUACGUUUAACAAAUAUUAUUAAUGAAAAUAUAUGAUUCCUAUUUAAUUAUUUCAUCCUAAUAUGACAUAAAUAUUGUUGACAAAGUAUCACUGUCAACUGAACUCAACUCAGAAUCGUUUAAAUACAUUAAAUUACCUAUAAAAGUGGCUGCACCCGUCCCCAUUAUCCUGAGACAGCAUUUUAAAAUUUAAAAUUGCAUAACAACAAAUUACAAUUAACGUUGCUAUUUAUAGGAUACAAUUUUAAAUAACAUAAUUUAUUGAAUAAUUUUUACAUUACCUACCUAUCUAUAUUAAUGAAAACGAAGUCAUAAACCAUAUUUUGUCAUUAUCAUUUAUCACUAAUUGGAUAAAAAUUGAAAAAUACUUUGCCCUCAUCCAUUGACAAACUCGUGCAUAUAAUUCCGGUCUCUAAUAAUAACAAAUACUAUUCACAAAUUUUCCUAACAUAAACUAUAGACUGCAUGCCGUUCAAUCAACCUAUGGGUAAAGUGGAGGUACAGUAGUAACUGUUGUUAACUUUGUUUUUACUCUAACCUGAGUACCUACUACUACCUACUAAUAACAGAGCACUGACGGGUUUUAACUGUUGCAGUGUCAAAAUUAAAAUGGAAUUUAGCAAAACCUCAUUUUAUAAACUAAUUGUUACUAUUAUACAGGAUAUGCGCCGUGUGUUGAAUUUCACUUGAAAUGUUGAAAGCUUUGAACCGCGAAUACGAUGUAACACGGACAUACACGCGAAUAUUAUAAUGAUAAUAAACUUCAAUAAUAUUUUAAUUUCCCAUUUAUUUGAACAAACAUUUUAUUAUUAGAACGACAGACACCGCGCAGGCGUCGCAAUAAGCUUCCCCUUUGUACUCAUUAUCUAGUACUCUCCGACGCCGAUGUUUACCUAUCGGUGCGUAUUGGAUCGAUGCUAUAAAAAUAAAAUAACAUAUUGUUAUUAUGUAGCCACUAUUCAAAAACAUAGGUAAUAUUAAAAAUAAAUUUCUUUUAAAAUAUCGUUUUGUAAUUCUGACAUGUUUCAAAUUCCAUUUUCAAUCAGAGUUCUUGAGAAAAUACGCCCUGGAAAAUUAUACGCCUGGGAACAAAUUCCCGCCUUCUCCUCCUCUACCUAGAUCUGACCCUGUUUACACGUACGUCUAUACAUUCAACUGCAUCCCGAAGGUCGAAACCGAUGUUUAUUUUCACGUUGAAAUAUGGUUUUCAUUUCACCAUCAAAACCGCGUGUAAUCGUCAAUAUAACGAUGAUGAAAAAAAAAUGUUCGACAUUUCAGACACGCGCUUCAUUGUUCGGGUUUUUUUUUUUUUUAAAUUUGUUAUAUUCAAAGUUGUUGACCGAUCGGUGUCAACAUAUCGCGCCUGUUCGGAUCAGCAAAAUAAUAUUAAAUAGACAACGGCCGAUGUAGAACAAUGAAAAACCAGCCGAAUAUUCGCAAAAUAAUACUUUAAGCGUUCCGCCACAGAUUUCCUUUUACGCCAAACCAAACGUACACGUAGAUUUUAUAAUAUUUUAAUGUAAAAAUGAAAUUCGGUACAUAAUAUACGUCAUAUUAUACCUCUAUAAUGUAAUAUAGAUGGCAUUUUUGUUAUAACACAAUACAUAGAUUAAAAUAUGUACAAUAUUUUAUGAAAGAAUAUUUUACAAAAUAUAUUUUCUACAAAGUUUAGUACAAUAUAACAUACAGGAUCUUCUAAAUUACAUUUCCUAGUCAAAUUUUCAAUGAACUACAUAUUUGUUUCAAAUAUGACUUGUGUAAAAACUUUUUGGAAUCAUAUGUUCUGAAAUUGUACGGUUGUUCAUGUUUAUUCGCUCUUAUUUUUUCGGGGUAAAAUUACCGCAUAUUUUAAACUAUAGCACGAAAAUAUUUUUACUAACCGAACAACCAUAAAAAAAACCUAUUCUAGUAAUACUAGUAAUACUUCUAAUAUUUCUAGAAUAGCUUCUUCGCUAAACUCAGAUUCUAAAAUACGAGUAUAGGUCGAUAUAGAAGACGUGGGGAGCCCACAAGAAAUUUAACUAACAAAUUACCCCCUCCCCAGGAGAAAAUUAUAAAUAUGCCAAUGCAUUUAACGCAUUAUUAUAAUGUUUAUAUACAGAAGACACGACGCCAAUGACUUUCAGAAGUAACAGGUGGAAACAGCAGCAGGAGCUGCAACCAAAUCCCGUUGCAUUCAAAUGUUCUUACACAGAAGACAUCCAAACACUCUUGCAAGCCAUCAAAGAUAUGAACAUGAUUAAAUUGUAAGUAUAUGACAUAUAAACGUAUGUGAGGUAUUAAAAAUAGAAUUUCACCAAAUAAACUUUUAAAAUAUAUUGCUCGCAAGCCGUAUAAUUAUAGAGUAGGUGUAAUGUUUCUUCAGUAUAACUAAACUUUGAAUUAUUAUUAACUGGUCAUUAAAUGGUUUCGAAAAGGACUUUAAAAUGUGUUAUAUACUAUAUUUCUAGUCAUUAAUCGUAUUAUUGUUAGUAUUUUAUACUUUUUCUUUUAGAAGUUCCGGUCAUUUAGAAAAUAUAUGCAAGACGUCCCAAAUCGAAAGGGACAGUGCGGUAUUCUCGAACCGCAUCGAAGCGUUUUUAAAAGCGCUAAAUAUGGACUUGACCAAAAUCGUCGAGCACAACAAAGAACUGGAAGAACUGUUGCAGAGUCGGGAGAUCCAGCAUCAAAACAACGUAUUUACUUAUAUACACCGUGUUUCCUAAAAAACAGGAGCCAAUUUACCACUCAUUACCCUGUAAAUAUUUUUCAAUUCUGUUGGCGGGACAUUAAAUUAGACUAAUAGAUUAUAAAUUCCUAUGACUCACAAUUUUUUUAACUCAUGUAUCUUACGCAUGCGCAACAAAACUUACAUUUUUUUUAAAAGCAACCCCUAUUUUGAAUAUCAUUUUCGGAUUCAUCAAUUUGUUCAAGUUAUUUUGAUGCAUCAACUUGUGUUCUAAACUCUAUUAUUAUUAUAUUAUAUUAUAUUUGUAAUUUCCAUAAAUUAAAUUGUCAAUAAAAAUGUAUAGUAUUGUUAAAAAAAAAUAAAAUAGAAAUUUCGAAUUUUGUUUCCUGAAAACACAUGUUUAAACUAUGUUAUUUCAUAAUGUGUAAUAAUAAAAUAAGAUAAUAAUUCAGAAAUAGUAAAUAAUUUAUUACUUUAUUAAUAAUAAUUUUGAUUGUUUCAUGGUGUUUAUAAGGGAAAAAAAAGUACGUACAGUUAAAAAAAAAAUUUAAUUUAAUUUAAUUUUUUUUUAAAAUUCAACUUAGCUCUAGUUAAGUCAAUUUUGAGUUUAGAACACAAGUUGAUGCAUCAAAAUAACUUGAAAAAAUUGAUGAAUCCAAAAAUAAUAUUCAAAAUAGGGGUUUUUUUUAAAAAAAUGUAAGUUUUGUUACGCAUGCGCAAGAUACAUAAGUUAAAAAAAUUGUGAGUCAUAGGAAUUUAUUAUCCAUUAGUCCAGUUUAAUUUCACGCAAACAGAAAUGGAAAAUAUUUUCUGGGUAAUGAGUGGCAACGUGGCCUCUGUUUUUUGAGACACGCGGUAUGUUAUAUACGCUAUAAUAAAACAACACGUUAAAAACAACUUGCUAGAUUUACAACAAUUAAACCCAAUAAUCGUGUGAUUUACAGAUGCAAAAACUUUUUGAGGAACUCGAAACGCAUUUUCGCGAAGAACAAGAAAAGACCAAACUCGAGGUAUGCACAUAAACUAUAUAUAUAUACUCACAAGCACGUAUUCAGGAUCAAUUUUCGAGACGGGGGGAGUAAAAUAUUUUUAAUACAUGAACUUGUAGUUAUAUAUAGUCUUUGUUAUAUUAUAAAUAUAUACCUACUUUAAAAAAUUUUUGGGGGGGGGUCUGAAAUCCUACGGAAGUACAUACGAGAGCUAUAUACGGGCUUGUAUACUCGUAUACUUAUAAAAUAGUAGAUGUUUUAUAUUAAAUUUGAUCGUGACCUGUUAUUUACUCGAGAGCCCACAAAUUUACUCACAUAACUGCUAUAGUGAUCCGAUUUUUUUUUUGGAAAUAAGAAGACAUCUUACAACGCAUUAAAUUCAGAUUUUAAUUAUUGUAUUUCUAACGCCAUAAUUAGAUUUUGAUUUUAAAUAUGACCUGUAUUUAAUACAUUUGUUUAGCUCAUUUUUAUGGUUUUUAGUUUGACAAUCAAACAUCCAAGUUCAAUAAAGAAAAUUUUCCAACAGAAAAAAAUUACCGAUCACUCUGGUUUUCCUGUAAAUUUGAACGAAAAAAUAGGUCACGCUCAAACCCGUAAAUACAUAAGUUAAAACUGUUUGGUUGUCUUAUAAACUUGUAUAGAUACCUAAUCUACAAAAAAAAAUUUGUUUUCGAUUUUUAUCUCAGCAAUUCAAUUAAACCGUGUAAUGAGUUAAAACAAUGUUUUGGUUUUUUUCUUUUCUUUUAAAAAAUAUUAUUUAUAUAUCCAUACAAAUUUAAGCUCAUUAUAUAUAAACAAGUAUAGGUGCGUAUAAUGGUUUUAAAAACCAUCGAAUGACAAACAUAAUACUAACCCAAUCUAUAACCUAUUUACGAGUGUUGACGUGUAUGUGUAAAAGGAAUGAGUUUAUGAAAUUGUAUUUAUAAAUAUUACAUACCUACUAUACAUAUGAUAAAUAAUAUUAACGCUCAAACAGGACCAACGAAAGUUCAGGUCGGAACUGAUGGCGUUAGAAAGCGAGUUGCUGGACAAGGAGGAGAAGCUUCGGGCCGCCAUAUCCACCAGACAAGAAUUCGCAGGGCAGUUAGUGGCGGCCCAGCAGCGGGAGUUGGCGAUGAUGGCGGAGAGAACGAAACUCGUCGAAACACAAGUAUGUAAUAUCAUUAUUUCCAGUCUAGCGCGAUUGUAAAACAUUAUAACGGAACUAAUCAUAUUUUAUACUUAUGCGUGUUUUACAUCGUAAUUAGGAAAAACUGUUGAACGAUUUGGACGCGGAACGAGCAAAGACCAGUCGGCUGGAGGAGACCAUAGAGAGAAUCAAUGUGGAAUCGGCCGUGGAUAAAGAAAAACACUUUAAGCAAGGGUUUUUUGUGGCGAAAAAUUUGGUCUCGCUGAAAGAAGAAGGUGCGUAACGACCGCGCGUAAACUUUAAAAUUUAUACCCAAGCAUAUUAUAGUUUUUUUUCCAUAGGUACUUAUGUACAUAAAAUCACCCGCGAGAUUACCGAUAUAAUCAGAUUAUCAUCUGAUUGAUACUCUAUAGAGUAUUAUUCAUUGAAAAAUCGUGUGUUCGAAAUUUCAAAUGCAACACGUAUCAUGCCGAACAUACGGCAUACCGACUGACAAUAUUCGAACACGUCAUGACCUCUUUCUGAUUAAGUGGUACGGACGUACUGUAAGAAAAUAAAUUUUAAAAAAAAAAUUCUUUUACUAUUUCCUAACCGUAAUAAUUUUGGGAAAUUUGUAUAAAAUAUUGGUCAGUUUAAUUUUUGACUUGGUACACCUUAUAUAUUAUACUCCUUAUCAUAUGUUAUAAUUGUUUCUAAAGCAAAAUUUGAAAAAAUACGAACAAUAUUCUCCCGAUAAUUAUCGGGAGAAAUCGUUCCCCUCCCUCCUUAAUUGCCUAUUAUAGUUGCGCCACUGCCUAUUAUCAAAAUAAUUUAUAAAGGUGACGUGCAAAAAAAUAUCGAAAAGUGUAACAAUAAUGAGUAUCGCCUAUACAAUUUUUUAACUAUAGGAUUACAUACUAUUCUUAAUAGGUAUGUUAUUUUAACGAACUGCAGUUAUUUUACUUAGUUUAAUUUUGAAUUUUAAUUACUUGGAAUAAAUUAUAGUAGAUAGUAAUAGAUAGGUAAUUAGUUAAAAUAACGUUGUUUAUAACAGUAAUACAGAUUCGGACGCGAUUUUGUUUUUUCAUCAAAAUAUUUCUUGAACCAUGCAUACACAAUAAUCGGACUUGUUUUUUUUUUUUUCUAAUCAUAUAGCGGGUGCCGAAUAAUGCAAAUUUGAGACUACCGAUUUGUCAACUUUUACCACAAUAUUAUAGAAUAUACAAUCGCGCCUGCAGUGAAUACAUAUGCACUUUAUACACUGAUAAUACAGCAAACAUUGUUAUCUGCUAUAUUUUUUUAUUUUUUUUUUUUUUUUUUUUUUGUUAACCGGUUUAACCAAUACAACCACUAUUACUUCACGUUCCGCAGAUCCGGUCGUUACAUUCCGCGGCCGGUCCUACACGAAACUUUCGAAGGAUGGUAGCUGUAUUGACCUCCGAACCCAACGAAAAGAAAAUAAUUCUCCACCUGAGGGGGAGAAACCGAAUGCGUUUGGCAGUAGAUCAGUGUACCGAAAACUUACAAACAGUGAUAUUCCUAACCUAUAACAGGUCUGCAAAUUAGGCAAUAUGAGGCGCCUCGUACUAUCCUAUGGAAAUUGCACUAAUUAAUACAUACCGAUUUAGCUAUAUAUGCAUAGAAACAUCAAUUCUAAUUCAAAUCAUUUUUAUUACUGCAGUAUUAUACAAAAAUAAAUUUCUACUAAAAUAUGACAACAGUUAUAUAGCACUUAGCUAGCACCUGCACUGCACCGGAUUACUUGUAGAUCCUUUUAAAUUAAUACUUGCAUAAUAAAUACCUAUACAAUUGUUUUAUAAUAACAUAAAAUCCAAUUUAACGCUCUAUUACGAAAAUUCGAGUUAAUAUACUUGGUCUAUUGGUCAAACCGAUAGACAUUUUCGCUUAUUUGCCAUAUGAUGGUAACCACUGUAUUUCGUAUUUUAAUCACUGCUUAUAGUUACUAUAUAACUGAAUUUAAAGCAAGAAAUCAAUUAUGAUGAAAAAGUAAUAUAUACAUAUAAAUAUAUUAUAGACAAAUAUGUAGUUGACAAAUAAUAAACACAUGUUUGUAUUAUUAGCGUAUUCACAGUGCGGAACUGCGUGAGCACGCCAUCGCGAAUUUAUUGAAACCAUAUAGCCUAUAUAAACUAUAGGUACAAUAUUUUUAACACAAAAUGGCCACUAAAGUUUGAUAAAAAUUGUAUUUACCUAAACUAUAAUGUAUAAAUUAAAAUUUUUUUUUUUUUUAAAGAAUUUUAAAUUUUUUUAACGAAAUACCGGCGUAAUACUUGUAUUUAUUAAGGGCGAUAAUAAAUAAUCCUUAGCUAUUAGAAACAUAAUGUGUAUUUAUUGACUUUUAACGAAGUAUUACAAGAUUUUUUGACACACUACAGCAUUAUAUAUUAUAAUGGAAUAUGACGGGUAUAGACUAUAGAGUCACUGGGCUUAUUAAUUUAACUAAAUAAACUCACCUAUAUUCAAACUGUAUGUUAGGUAUUUUACGUAGUUAUCCAUUUAAAUGCAACACACUUUUUUUUUUUUUUUUAGAUAUUACAUCAUUCAAUUUUUUUUUUCUCAUUUUCCUAAAUUCAUUCCUCUAGAUGAAUUAUAAUACUUCUCUGUAUGGGUAGACACUAGCUGGUAUUUCUGUAUUAGUAACGGCCAACGAUAUAAUUACAAGCAUUGAUAUCGCCCAAAUUUUGCCCAUAUCUUAUCGAAAUAUAACGAGUUUAUAAAACAUGAUAUUUUCUUUUUUUUUAUAAUACUUACUAUUCCGUAUAAUUAUUCAAUUGAUAUCAUUAAAAAAGUUUUGCGUUCAUUAGAUACAAAUUUUAACUCGCGAGACCUUGAAUCUAAUGAGGCUGCUUUUGAUAGUACUGGACUCAUCAUAUCUAAUCACGUCUUUGUUUCCAAAUCGUCUCAUACACCCGACUUAAUUCUUUAAAUCAGUUUCACGAAAUUUUAAAGCGUUCAGAAUACUUUUAAAUAAUCGGUGUGCUAUUACAUAUUUAUCUCCAUCAAUAAGAGUGCCAAUGAUAAUAUUAUUAUACGCAGCAAUAAAUCGUAAUAAAAUCAUAUACAAAACGAUUUCAAGUGUAUGGCACUUACGUAUAUAAAAUAAUAAAAUUACAAUUAUAGGGUCCGGAAGUUCAUUAAUUUGCGUGUUUUUACCGUGUACACAAACAAGUUAAGUAUAUCAACUAUAAAUUUAAAUCGCAUCCUAACGAAUUCAAAAAUGAAAUAUUUUAUGUUACAUAUAUAACUCAUAUUUUAAAUGUAUGGGUAUAUUUCGAUAGUUUGUAAUGCGCGCAUUUUCAGACCCUAAUGAUAAUUAAUAAUGAAUAAUGUCCAACCGUGUAAAAUUCAUUAGUCAUAUAGAAAAGUAUGUUUAUGUCACUAUAGGUACCCACGACCGUGUUGGUAGUAAUUGUUGUUCACUGACACAAUAAUCAAGUAUUGCUAAGUAUAUACUUGGGAAUAGGUUUCUGUAGCACUGUCUUACAACUUUGGCACUAUGGCCUAUAGGCCAGCGUCCAAUAACCAGAGGGGGUCAGGUAACUAACACAUAAGACGGCUCGAAAUUUUAUUUUAAUUGUUUUAACAGUUAAUUAUCGUAAUCGUGUUAAAAUGUAUAAUGCAAAUUUGUACCUAUUAUAAUAGUUUUAAUAAUAUUAUUUUAGGUUUUUAAUUAUAAUAAUAAUAGUAAUCGUAUUAGGUCCACACAAAUAUUUAAGGUAUCUACCAUAACAAAAAGACCGUCAAAAGUCUUAAUAGUAUAUGAGGGGGAAACAGACACCAAAACGUUGGUUUAAAAGAACCAUUGCUAUGGACAACACAAGGCAAGGUAACUUUCAGUCCAUUAUAUUAUAAUAUAUGUCUAUGAUGGUAAAAAUAGGUAUAUGUAUAAAUCAUCAUUACGCACGCACAUUAGAUUUCGGGACUUUUUGUAUUUUGACGAAAACAAAUUACCUGUGUUUUUACUUUUAUAAACGCCAUAAAAUAAUCAUAUACGUAAUAAUAUAACGAUUACCGACAAAACGACAUUAAAACGAUUUCUAUUUUUUUAAACGAAAAUAAACUUUUUUUUUUCAAAAAAAAAAAACUCCUCGUAAUAUUACGACCGCGCAGGUGAACACGGCGGUUCAAUNAAAACUCCUCGUAAUAUUACGACCGUGCAGGUGAACACGGCGGUUCAAUAAGAGUACACGGUGCCUACUAUAGGAGAGUGGACGUCGGGAAAUAAUUAUUACCUAUUAGAAAAAAAUAACCAUGUUUGUGUAUUAUCAUAAUAUUUAUUGUCGUCGUGUGGUGGAAGACAUAAUAACAACUACAAUCGUUAUUACCUAUUCUCCUGUAGGCUGUAAAGCGAUGAAAUAGUAUACAUAAUAUUUUGCUCCAUUCAAAGAAUAAGUAUAUAUAAUAAUCGCAUUGUAGUACGCGAGUCCAAAAAAUACAUAAUCGUAUGUAUAAAAAAAUUCGUAUGUCUGUCUGUUUCAUUAAAAUGCGUAUGUAAAAAAGUUAUUUCCAUAAAAAUGUUCACCAUUUGGAUUGUUGUCAUUUCAAACACUUCAACGACCGUUACAACUCGUAUGACGGGCGUACAGCUACACUAAUAUAAUCACAAACAUAUUAUUGAUUUAUAGAUAAUAAAUACUUGUACAUACAUUUUAAGCUCGUAGGUGGGUAUCUAAAAAAAAAAAAACAGUCUUAUAGAUAAUUAAUUAUUAUUAUAGGUAGGUAACCAAUCGAUCUCGUCCGGAUUGAAAUGCUCCUAUAUAUAAAUAAUUAUAAUUAUAUUGUUUCAUUUAGCUAAAAUUUAACGAUUACCUCCCUCUAAAAAAAACUUAUCAAACAUCUAAAUUUCAUAACAUUUUUUAAAUUAUGAAAGUAGUGAGUAAUGUAUCGAUACAACUUUUUUACCAGAAAUUAUACGCUCCGAUUUUCAAGUGUAGCAUCAUUUCUAAAACAAACCAUAAUUAGUUUUUGUGUUGAUAAGAUGAUUUUCAUUGUAGUUUUCGUAAUAAUUAGAGAAAAACGUAGAAAAAACUAGGAAAAUAACGGCUAUAACGGUUUCAAUUCAUACGUUUUUUUAAGCGUUUUACGUUCAAAUUUUGACCGAAAUCAUGAAAACUACGGCAUUUUGAAACUUUUAAAGUGAACUUAACUCAGAAUCGUUUUUUUUUUUAUCAAUCGUUUAUCGUUACUUACUGAUAUAAAUUAAAUUACUUAGUUUACCUUCCCAACUUUCCACCUACAACAAUGGUACUCCCAAUCAGUAGUAUCGUUUCUAUUUAUUUUAUGGUUAAAAAAAUAAUACAAUUUUUUUUAAUCAGUAUUGCAUAAAACUUAAUAAAUAAUAUAACGCAUGUAGCAAUUAAUAAUUGAAGUAUUAAUAAUAUCUGCAACGUUCAAAUUAUAUUCAAUUUAUUUUAUUAACGUAUUUACAUUAAAGAACUUGAGAGAAAAAUAAAAAUAAAAUUGUUAAAGGCUAUACACCUAUUGUUUCCCCUUACAUAAAACCGCCGCUGUAUUGGUUAUUUCGAUAACAUCACACACUUCAAAACGUAAUCUGACCUAACCAGUCUUAUGUGUGUGUUUAACGUGCGUUGUGUGUACAAUAAAAUAAUAAAAUAUCAUUGUGUCAAUAAAUUUGUCCAUUAUAAAAACCAUUAUUUAGACAGUUCAAUAACUAAUUUAUAUUAUAUUCGUCUUAGACGAGUUGCAUAACUGUAUAAUCUGAAACGGAAUACAUGGAUUAUACCUAUUACAUUGGCAAAAUUGUAAAACCUAUGUGUAUUUAAUUUUUUAAAUUUAUAGAAACAAACAGCCCAAUUUAAAAAUUGUAAAUGUGUAUUAUAUUUAUGGUGAUCAGACGUACACUUUUUCGUAGGACAGUACUCAUUUUUGAUGCAUUGUCCUAUGUUCUUAACAAUAGUGUUAAGUACAUGAAAUUGUACUCUUUUUUUUUUUUUUUAAAUUAUAAAUAUAAAUAUGUAGGAAGAACAUAUUAAUAUAGCUUUGUAUUGAUUUAUUCAUUUAAAAGUUUACCUUUCAAAAUUAAUUUAAAUAUUUAUAUUUUAGUUAUACGUGUAUAUUUUUAAGUUUACUUAAAAUUACUUAAAUUUCAGAGUAUUUUCAUUUAAAAACACAAACCAAAUAAGUUGACAUAUUGAUUUCAAAUAUCUAAUUAGUUUUUAUUCUUGAUAACAGCAAACAUAAUAAUAGAGUAAUCAGAUAAAAAAAAAAUGUAUAUAGACAGAGAUGAGCUAUGUGUAAAAUGGAUUGAAUUGUGUACACAUUGGCCAAUUCUUUUGAGGGAGGGAUUUUUUUAUAACGGAGGACCAAAAUUUUAAAAUGUUCCUUUUUUUUGGAUUUUUAUAUCUGGUCACUGUAAUUUGUUCAAUUCAAUGAGUUUACAACUAUUCGUUAUUAAUUAACUGCCUUGAUUUAUCCACUAAGCAAAUUAACAGAUCGGUACGUGUAUCUAUUAAUUCCCGUUUCUAUAACAUUGCCGAGUAUAAUAUAUAAUAGUUGUCAAGUAUAAAAUAUAAAAAUCAACAAAUAUGAAAUCACGAUUCGAUAUGUUUCGGAAAAACCGACAACUAUUCUGUUGUGCUGUAUAUUUCUUCCUUACAUAAUUUCCAUCGUCUUAGAGUCGACGUGAAAUAGUAGUUAUUGUAUUAUACGUAGCUUUGUGGCUCUGCAGUAAUCCGUCUAAAACAUAAAAAAAAAAAAAACUGAAAAAUAACCGUACUUAGACCUUAACCCACUAUUGUUCGACUCGAACAUCGCGUUGAUGAAAACAAUGCAAUUAUAUUUUAGAUACCUACCUGCUAUUUAUAUUUAUAAUUUGUAUUCUCUGUUCAGUCGCAAUCGAAUUACGAAUUUAAUCGCACUCGAACUAUUUUUUUUCCACACGCAUAAACCCAGCACUUAGAACUACAUGGAUAUGAACAAGCGAUUAAGGUAUCAUGUAAACAUUUAACUAUAAGAACCCAUCACCGUACUUGGCUAUGGAACAAUCGUUUCAAAAAAUUAUGAGACUAACAAACGUUUGCACUGCUUUUCCGAUAAAUACCUAAUGAUACGAAAAUCUAUUUUUUUCACGAAUUUUACUCACCAAAUCAUAGACCAAAUUCGAGUCAAAUAUUUCAUUGUGUAUUUCAUUUGAAUAAAUAUCAAAGUUUCAUAUUAUAUUUAUAAAAUCCUUGAUAUUAUAAUAAAAAUCAAACAAAAUUCUUCAAUAGAAUAAAAUAAUCGAAACAUCUCGUAAAACGCUAAUUUUCGUUUUUCGUUUCAGGACUGUUGCAGCAACUGGAAAUCCUCCAGGACAUGAAAAACGUCCUGUUGGAUUGA